AUGUCGGGCGCAAAAGACUGGAAAAUGUUUCCUUUUCCCGCCAAACUGACCUGGCGACAGACGGUCUCCUUUUGGCUGCGCGACCAGCUGAUCCGGCGCCGCCUCCGGUCCUCGGCCACCCCCAUAUCGCGGCUCUUUGACGGCCUCCCCGACCCCGGCACCCCGCGGCGCAUACUCGUGACCGGACUCGACUGCGCCGGCAAGACGGAGCUGCUGCGGAAAUGCUUCUCCCAAGACGUGACCCAGCCAGGCGGCGGCGAUGUAGUCACGUACAUCCUCACCAUUGGAAUGUGUGUUGAACAAGUCAGCUACGGCAGCGUGACCGUGUACGCCUACGACGUGGGCGGUUGUUCGCCGGGUGGCCUCCGCCGGUUGGCGCGCAAAAUGGUCGCCGAGGCCGACGCCGUGGUCUGGGUUGUCGACUCGAUCGAUUGGGAGCGCAUGGUUGAGAGCCGUGAAGAGUUUGACCGCUUCUUGUGCCACGAGGGCGAAGAGUUUGGGCCUGACAAGCCGCUGCUUUUCUUGUCUAACAAGUCUGAUUCGCCUCAAUCAAAAGGACUUGAACAAGUCCAACGACACUUUGGAGAUGUACUUGAAAGAAUGAACUCGCAUGUGGCAGAAACAGCAAUUCCCACGGGAGAUGGAUUGCUGGAAGCCUUUGGAUGGCUGAGUGAUCAAUUGCAGGGAAAUCAGAAUCAGGAAAUGAAACAAAAGACAUCGACCAGUACAAUCAUGUUGCCAGAAGCCGAAAAAUCAUGA